AUGGCCUCCCCAACCUUGAUUUUCAAUUACGACAUAUCCUGCCCGUACGCCUACAUAGCCUCAACCCGUGUCUCCUCCCUCGCCACCCGUACAAACGCAAACCUCAUCUACCGCCCCAUUCUCCUAGGCGCCGUAUACCGCGCCACCGCGGCCCCUCAAGGCGCUGCUGGCUCUGCUUCUGAUGUCUUCAACCCCACCAAGAAAGCGGUGGGCCAGCAGUCCAUGAAGCGGACUCUGAAACGGUAUAAUGUUGCGUAUAACCCGCCGCCCCAGCAUCCGCGCAAGACUGUUGAUGCGUUGAGGCUUUUGUACUGUGUUGAUGGGGACGAGAGGAAACUGUUAACUGAGGCGUUUUUCAAGGCGUAUUGGGUUGAAGGAAGGGAUGUGGCUGACCGUAACGUGCUACUCGGCAUUGCAAAGGAGAUUGGUAUACAGUCUGCGUCGAGCCUUAGUCUCCAAUCCUUUGAUGAUGCCGCUGCCCGAAAAGAGCUGGAGACUGCAACCGCAGAGGCGAUUCAAAGGGGUGCGUUUGGCGUCCCUGGAUUCUGGAUCCCCGAAGCCCGCUGGGAAGAUGUAAAUGGACAGGAGAAGAAGGGUCGCUUCUUCUGGGGUCAAGAUCGCAUGCAUUUCGUAGAAGCGACUUUACUUAAUCUCCGCUCUGCCUCUCAGUCUUCUUCCCUGUCCCCGAAAAACUGGUCUCAAUCGCCACAACUACGCUCUCUGAUUCCCCGGGCCAUCCCUACAAACACAACGCCCUCCCCCACACACCUAGAGUUCUGGUUCGACUUCAGUUCUCCCUGGGCAUAUUUGGGCUACACGCAACUUGCGCGUUUGCAGCGCACGUUUCCCUCUCUGACAAUUGAGCUCAAGCCGUUUUUGCUGGGGAUUUUGUUCCGCGAGAUUGGCGCGCCGAAUAUGCCCAUGUUGGCGAUUAGUAAGGCGAAGGCGGCGUGGAGUCGGCAGGACCAUGCGGAUUGGACAGCGUGGUGGAACGCGGUGAAUGAGCAGGAGAGUGCGAAUAAGGAUCAGAGGAUCAAUUUUAAAUGGGCUGAUAAAUUCCCCAUUCGUACGCCUGAGGUGUUGAGGGUGGGAAUCAUAGAGCCGAGGGCUGUAAGGCUGUUGUACGAAGCCUGCUGGUCCCACAACCUCGACGUCUCCUCUUCCGCCGUCCUCGAAUCCAUACUUACAACCGCCGGCUACAAUGGCGCAGAUCUUCUUGCCCGCGCCAAUUCCCCGGCCACAAAGCAAAAACUCCGUGACCUCACCGCGGAGGCAAAGGAAAAGGGCAUUUGCGGUGUACCCACAUAUAGAGUGCUCCGCCAAAAUGCGAGUGGCAGUUGGGAUCUAGCGGGCGGGUUGGUGUGGGGACAGGAUGAGAUUGGCGUGGUAGAGGAUUUGAUUGCAGGUUGGGAUCUUGAGACUGGGAAGGAGCUUGCGGAGGCGAGGAAGGGACCGAGAAGACUGAAUGGUACUGGAAGUGCCGUCAUGAUAAUGAAAUUUGACUAUGAGGCAUUUGCCAGCGGAAAUGUCUGGUCCUUAGUGUUUCCAUCUCUACAAGUUGAAAGGGAUUCGGAUCUAGGAGUACACAAUGGCCUCGCAAAUGGCAACGAAGAGAACACUUGGGGCGUAUUUAAAUGCAGUUAUCGGUUGCAAGGCAUAGAAUUUGGGUCUGAAUUCAAGACUGAUGGCACAUCACGUGCGAAUCUGCAUACGUCAUUCUCGUCUUGCGCAACAGUUGUCGAACUUCAAGGAACGGCUCAGCCUCUCAGGAACUUUACCAGUAUAACAGGCAUCAACCGAUUUCUCCAAAUUCCCCAGUCCUCCACCUAUCCACUGCCAGUCCCCAAAAUGACAUCUAAUCACCACGACGACAACCCUUGGGGCGACCAACAAAGUCAGCAGCAAGGCCAUAGCUACCAAAACAACCAAAACCACAACCCGUACCAAACCUACCAAGAUCAGCCCCGUGACCCAUACGUCCAGGUACCCUUCCAGACCCAACCUCAAGAAAAUUCACCCUGGAGUCAAGAACCAGGCCAUCCGCAACCUCAAUCCCACAACCCCUUCGACCAGCCUCACCAGCAACGCUCCCCACAACAAUCUUACCAACAACAACCCCAAGCAUCUUACCCGCACCAGCAACCUCCUCAGCUCCAGUCAUCCGAUCCAGAUACUCCACCAGGCCUCCCGCCCCGACGCACAGCAACCGAGAUGGCACUACCUACGGGCCAAGAUCGCUCGCAUCAAAUUGAAGUCAUGCAGAGCUAUGAGGCGGCGGGGCGGAGAGAUGAGGACGAUGCGAAUGUUGAGAUUCUACAGCGCGAGUUUCCGAAGAUAGACGGGAGUUUGAUUGCGGCGAUUUAUGGCGAUAGUAAGAGUUUGAGUGCAACGAGGGAGAUGUUGCAGGCGCUUGAGUGA